AUGAAAACAUAUGCAAUGAGAUAUUGUGAUUAUCCAAAAAUAAGCCAUGGGAUACUACAUGAUGAAAAGAAAUAUGAAGCAUUUUCCCCUGUUCGUAGUGGGAGGGCUUUCUACUACUCCUGUGAAUACAAUUUUGUGUCUCCUUCAAAUUCCUUCUGGACCCGCAUAACGUGCACAGACACAGGAUGGUCACCAACACCAAAGUGUCUCAGGCUAUGUUUCUUUCCUUUUGUGGAAAAUGGUAAUUCUACAUCUUCAGGACAAACACACUUACAAGGUGAUGUUGUACAAGUUGUUUGCAAUCAAGGCUACAGUCUUCAAAAUAAUCAGAGCACCAUCGAGUGUACUGAAGAGGGCUGGUCCAUUCCUCCCAAAUGCGUAUCCACCAAUCCCUCAGGGAAAUGUGGGCGCCCUCCACCAAUUGACAACGGAGACAUCACCUCCUUCCCAUUGCCAGAAUACCCACCAUCAUCAUCAGUAGAAUAUCAGUGCCAGUUCUUGUACCAACUGCAGGGCAGUAAGAAUAUAACAUGUAGAAAUGGAGAGUGGUCAGAGCCACCAAAGUGUAUUUAUUCAACAGGAAAAUGUGGACCCCCUCCAACUAUUGACAAUGUAGACAUCACCUCCUUCCCAUUGCCAGAAUACCCACCAUCAUCAUCAGUUGAAUAUCAGUGCCAGUUCUUGUAACAACUGCAGGGCAACAAGAAAAUAACAUGUAGAAACGGAGAGUGGUCAGAGCCACCAAAAUGUUUACAUGCAUGUGUACUAUCAGAAGAAAUCAUGGAAAGACAUAACAUAACUUUCAGAUGGAAAGAAAACCAAAAGUUAUAUUCUCAAUCAGGGGACAAUGUUGAAUUUCAGUGUAAAUUUGGAUAUAAACUGACAGAAACAUCACCUCCAUUACAUGCAAGGUGUAUUGAUGGUCACAUCAAUUACCCCAGUUGCUCAAAAUCACGUUAUUGGUUCAGCGGAUAA